UCUAUAAGAUGGUCCGUUUUGGAGAAAUUCUCUAAAGUUGCGAGAAUUUCACGAGAAACAGCUGUACAAAUCCUUGAGACUCCACUUGCACGACCAAUAGUUCCAUAUCUCCCACCUGCUAUAAAUCAAUUAAUUCAACCAGAGUCUGAAGAUAAUUCCGUAAAUGAAUAUGAUGCUGGCAGAGUUUAUCUUGCUAAAUGGGCAUUAAAAGUUGACGAAGAAGCAAGAGUAGCUGCACGUCAAGAAUAUUUAGCAAAUCAUGGUGAAGGUGAGGCAUCAUCAAAUACUAUAAGAAAAAGAUGGUCAGAUCCUAAAUCAUGGGAAGAAGAAACUGAGGUGGGCGCUUUUGAAGUUUUAAAUGUCGAUUUAAAUUAUCCACCACUACUUUCAACACGAUCUACUUCCCUUAGUCCUGAGAAAUGGUUUUCAUCAUUGGAUUCUGAGGGAAGAUUAAAAGUUGAAGUUGAUGAAAUCCGUGAAAUUAUAUUUCGUGGGGGUAUCGAUGAUGAUAUUCGUGUUGAACUUUGGAAAUUUCUUUUGGGUGUGUAUCCAUGGGAUUCAAGUCAAGCUGAACGAGAAUAUAUAACACAAACAAAAGAUAAUUCUUUUUUUGCCGUAGAAGAUAUACCACAUCCAGAUCCAUUAUCUUCGGCAUCAUCACCAUUUACAAAUAAAAACCUUGAAUUAAUGAAAGAUAUUUUAAUGACAUAUUAUUAUUAUAAUAAAGAUCUUGGUUAUGUACAAGGAAUGAGCGAUUUACUUGCACCCAUAUUUGUCGUUAUGCACGACGAAGCUCAUGCAUUCUGGGCAUUUGUAGGAUUUAUGGAACGCAUGAAAUACAACUUUUAUCGCGAUCAAUCUGGGAUAAGACGUCAACUUUUAACAUUAGAUUAUUUGAUUCAAUUUAUGGACCCACGUCUUUAUGAACAUCUUCGAAAGACUGAUGCAUUAAAUCUUUUCUUUUGUUUCCGAUGGAUUUUAAUUUGGUUCAAAAGAGAAUUUAAAUGGGAUGAAGUUUUACAUUUAUGGGAAGUUCUUUGGUCUGACCAUUUAUCCUCGCAGUUUCAUUUAUUUGUUGCUUUAGCAAUUUUGGACAAACAUAAAAUGGCAAUCGUUGAGCAUUUACAUCGUUUUGAUGAAAUAUUAAAGUAUGUUAAUGAUCUAUCAAUGACAAUUCCAAUUGAUGAAACUUUAUUACGUGCCGAGACACUAUUUAAUAAAUUUAAACGAAAAAUUGAAAUUCUCGAUAAAAAAAAUUCAACAACAAAAUCAUCAUCAAAUCAACAACAAAAUGAAAAUCAUCAUGAUGGAUUAAGGAAGCGUAAAGGUAAAGCAGCUGCUGAAUCAAAUGAUAAUAACAGCCAGGAUAAUUGA